UCAGCCCCUACACACACAUAUAUUUCUGUUUAUUUCAUUCACAACAUUCACAAUCAUCAUUACACAUAUUUCUGUUUAUUUCAAUCACAAAAAUGAGACCCAACCAAAAGAACAUGGUAAUCAGAAUCAUCACAACACCAUUUAGAGCCAUCCGCAAAGCCAAAGAUUUCUACAUCCGGAGCAUCACGGACUGCGCCAACCACACCAACUACGGUGUGGCCGCAGCGAGCCUCGGGAACCCUAUGUCCCGAAACUCCAGCACGAGCUCAUUUGGCUCCAGCAACGCUGCAGCCGAAGAUCUCCGGGAGCUCAUCAGAGCCAACUCCACCACGCGUAAUGAUCUUGACAUUACCCGAGCUGACCUGGAGUUGUACAUAAAGCAACACGUGGCGACCGCAAAGGGGUCUAGGAGGGUGCCUAGGAGUGUGAGUGUUGGGAUGGGGAGGAUUGAUGAAGAGGCUCCGGUUUCGAGUUUUGGUGAUGAUGCGGAUUUGGGUCGGAAGGUAAAGAGUGAUCAUUUGAUGUUUCCUAGGAGUAGGUCUCAUGCCGUCACAAAUAGUGACCACAAGUUUACUAGAUUUUCAUUUUAGUUUAAUAUCUUUCUUUCCUUUGGUUGUUUGUUUUAAUAUCAUCGAGUUUCAUUUUGAGUUUGUGUAACUUGUUACUUAAUUAAUAUAUAUUGAUAUUGAUUUGAUGA